AUCCAGACUUCCAUCAACCAUCACCUAAUCCAUUCAUCUUCCUCCCCUCCCUCGAUUCUCGAUCCACCAUCAUCAUUCAUCAUCCAUUAUCCAUCACACCACCACCACCACCACCAACACCACCAACACCACCACCACUGCUACUAAUACUAAUACUAGUAUCAAUUAUCAUGCCGAUGUUCAAGACCCCAUUCAACGGCUACUCCGUAAAAUUCAGUCCAUUCUACGAACACCGUCUCGCAGUCGCCACUUCUCAAAACUUCGGCAUCCUCGGCAACGGCCGUCUCCACAUCCUCGACCUUUCCCCCACCAACCCCUCCACCAUCUCCGAACUCGCCUUCUUCGACACCGCUGACGGCGUCUACGACCUCGCAUGGUCUGAAUCCCACGACAAUCUCUUAGUCGCCGCCAUUGCCGACGGUUCUCUAAAACUCUACGACCUCUCAUUACCUCCUCCUCAAAACCCAUCUCGCUCUCUCUCCGAACACACCCGCGAAGUCCACUCCGUCGACUGGAACCCCACUCGUCGAGACUCCUUCAUUUCCGGGUCAUGGGAUGACACCGUGAAACUCUGGACUGUUGAUCGACCUACUAGUGUCCGCACCUUCAAGGAGCACGCUUAUUGUGUCUACUCCGUGUCGUGGAAUCCUCGGCAUGCGGAUGUUUUCGCAUCGGCGUCUGGGGAUUGCACGGUUAGGGUUUGGGAUGUCCGUGAAGAAGGGUCGACUAUGAUAAUUCCGGGUCAUCAGCAUGAAGUGUUGAGUUGUGAUUGGAAUAAGUAUGAUGAGGGAUUGAUUGUUACUGGGUCGGUUGAUAAGACGGUUAGGGUUUGGGAUGUUAGGAGUUUUAGAGCUCCCUUGGCGGUGUUGGCUGGACAUGGGUAUGCUGUUAGGAAGGUUAAGUGCUCGCCGCAUCGGAGGAAUUUGGUUAUGAGUUGUUCUUAUGAUAUGACUGUUUGUAUGUGGGAUUUUAUGGUGGAGGAUGCUUUGGUUGGGAGGUAUGAUCAUCAUACUGAGUUUGCUGUUGGGAUUGAUAUGAGUGUGCUUGUUGAGGGUUUGUUGGCUAGUGCUGGAUGGGAUGAUUCUGUUUAUGUUUGGCAACAUGGGACUGAUCCUAGAGCUAGUUAAUUUUCAGUUUUUGCAAGAGGUUUAUUUGGCUCAACAAACUUUUGGCGAUGCUGAUGUCAACGAGGAGAAUAGGAUGCUUAUUUUUGGACAGAUGAUGGGUAGAGGCAGAUAUUCUGAGAAAAUGAUAUGCUCAUUUUUUCUAAUAUGAUUUUUAAUAUUUCUUUUGAUGAUGGGGAUGUUGUUCCUAGUGAUACCAAGUGUAACUAAUUUUGGUUAACUAGUAAACCCUCCCUCAAGCUAGGAAUAUACUUAAGGUAGUAUAAUGCAUUCCAAGCUUCUGCGUAAUGUCAUGAUGCUGCUGUUGAGGAGGAAGGAUGUCGGUUUAGUCAUUUAGAUCUCUCCUCAUUUACGAGUACAGAGCCAAGUUCACCAUAUGAUUCCUUCCAUAACCCUUUUCUUUAGUGAAGGGAUAGUUCUCUGUAUGCUUACUGCUGUUAGUCGAUUUCUAUUGUGUUGAUUAGUGUGUUCAUGUGGAACUGACUCAACAUCUGCACUGAACAAAAGAUCUGGUCGUGUGUGAGUUAAGGUUUUGAACAAGGGUGCAAUACAGGAACUCAGUAUCAUCAAAUGAGGCAUGGAAAUCGGAAUCUGCAGUUUGAUACCAAAAUUCUGAUUCCAUGGAAUUACUAAUCUUCAUGUGAUCUUCCAAAGAGUUGCAAAGAGGAGAGAAGUCCAAUCUUUUGUGUAUCUACUCCCUCCGUUCCAUAAUAUAGUAUUAUAGUGUCCACUUCAUCUUUGGUGGGUCA